UGUCUCCUUCCUCGGCCGUAGAUUUCCCGUCAUUUGAAUCAUUCAAAGCUCUCAACCUGAAAUCUGCAAAUUCCGAUUUCCAAUUCGCAGAUCUCUCUGCUCUGGGCACUGUCCGCCUCACAGAUCUCCGUCGUCCGGCCAUUUACUGCUCCGGCGAGCUUGAGUGUUUGUGUUAAUUAAGAUGGCCAUGGUUGACGAGCCAUUAUAUCCAAUUGCUGUGUUGAUUGACGAGUUAAAGAAUGAGGACAUUCAACUUCGCUUGAACUCGAUUCGCCGCCUCUCCACAAUUGCCCGUGCCCUUGGUGAGGAAAGGACGAGGAGAGAGUUGAUUCCAUUCCUUAGCGAGAACAACGAUGACGAUGAUGAGGUGCUCCUCGCAUUAGCAGAAGAAUUAGGGGUUUUUAUCCCCUAUGUUGGUGGUGUUGAUCAUGCUAAUUUUUUGUUAUCACCACUGGAAACGCUUUGCACUGUCGAGGAAACCUGUGUUAGGGACAAGGCAGUCGAGUCCCUCUGUAGAAUUGGGGCUCAAAUGAAGGAGCAGGAUGUUGUCGACCAUUUCAUUCCGAUGGUGAAGAGACUGGCUGCUGGUGAAUGGUUCACAGCUCGUGUUUCAUCUUGUGGCUUGUUUCAUAUUGCUUACCCAAGUGCCCCAGAAGGACUCAAAACUGAACUGCGAAGCAUAUACAACCAAUUAUGUCAAGAUGAUAUGCCAAUGGUUAGGAGGUCUGCUGCUUCAAACCUGGGGAAAUUUGCUGCUACAGUUGAAGCUGCCCAUCUAAAAACUGAUAUCAUGUCUAUAUUUGAGGAUCUUACUCAGGACGACCAAGAUUCAGUGCGUCUAUUGGCGGUUGAGGGUUGUGCAGCUCUUGGGAAAUUAUUGGAGCCACAGGAUUGUGUCGCACAUAUUCUACCUGUCAUUGUUAACUUUUCACAGGACAAAUCCUGGCGUGUCCGUUACAUGGUUGCAAACCAAUUAUAUGAGCUAUGUGAGGCUGUUGGUCCUGAACCAACCAGAUCAGAACUAGUUCCUGCAUAUGUUCGCCUGCUUCGUGAUAAUGAAGCUGAAGUACGGAUAGCUGCCGCUGGAAAGGUGACAAAAUUUUGCAAGAUUUUGAAUCCAGAACUUGCAAUCCAGCACAUUCUUCCCUGUGUCAAGGAAUUGUCCACAGAUUCAUCACAGCAUGUUCGCUCUGCUCUGGCCUCUGUGAUAAUGGGAAUGGCGCCAGUUUUAGGAAAGGAAGCCACAAUAGAGCAGCUGCUACCAAUCUUCCUCUCUCUUCUAAAAGAUGAAUUUCCUGAUGUUAGGCUGAACAUCAUUAGCAAGCUCGAUCAAGUUAACCAGGUAAUUGGAAUUGAUCUACUUUCCCAGUCCCUGUUACCAGCAAUUGUUGAGCUUGCGGAGGAUCGACACUGGAGGGUUAGGCUUGCAAUAAUUGAGUACAUACCAUUGUUAGCGAGUCAGUUGGGCGUGAGGUUUUUUGACGAUAAGCUUGGUGCGCUUUGCAUGCAAUGGUUGAAGGAUAAGGUUUAUUCCAUCCGUGAUGCAGCUGCUAAUAAUGUGAAACGCCUAGCAGAAGAAUUUGGUCCUGACUGGGCAAUGGAGCAUAUAGUUCCUCAGGUUUUGGAUAUGAUAAACAACCCACAUUACUUGUACCGGAUGACCAUUCUCCACGCAAUUUCCCUGCUUGCCCCAGUUAUGGGCCCAGAAAUUACUUGCUCAAAACUUCUUCCCGUGGUCAUUAAUGCAUCAAAGGAUAGGGUACCCAAUAUUAGGUUUAAUGUAGCCAAGGUGUUGCAGUCUCUUAUUCCGAUAGUUGAUCAAUCUGUGGUGGAAAAGACAGUUCGCCCCUGUUUGGUGGAGCUAAACGAGGACCCAGAUGUGGACGUAAGAUUUUUCGCAAGCCAAGCACUGCAGUCGAGCGAUCAGGUCAUGAUGUCUUAGUUAGAGAGAUCGUUAAUCACUGGUUCGUUUUCAUUCUGUCUUCCCCUGUUUUGAUAUCAUCACGUCUGUCCCUCUUAUUAUUUCUUUUUGCAUUUUUAUCCCAUGUUUGAACUCAAGGUGAGCUUGAAACUCAGUGAUCCACCAAUGUUUGUAAAGCCGUCAGUUUCAACCUUAGGGGCCAGAGAGUCCUUCCAGUUGCAUAGCAGUUGCGUUUUCUGUUCAAGCUUGAUCGAGUUUGCUCAAAUACUGCAUGAAGUUGAUAUAGUUAUCGAUUAACAUCAACAGUGUUCUGUUUUCCA